UAUUGUCAAUUUAGUAAUCCAGUACUUCAUGAGAACUCCAACUGGACAGACACGAGCAUGUUCGGUUCAAAAUUCUUGAACGCAUUCGGUACUAUUGGGAAGUUAUGGUGAAACGCAAAACGGAUUAUUGCACAACAGAGCAACAGUGAAACUACAUUAGUUUGGAAAUCAAUAGGAAGCCAAACCGAACAGCGCCUAAUCUUAUGUCAUACAAGUGUUACCCAAUUCAUGGAAUUCCUAGUGUCUGAUUAUUAACGGUUGUGAACAAAAGUCAUGCAUUUCUCCAUAAGUGAUAUAUGUUGAAAACUGGUUGAAGUUCUACGAAGAUUAUGUAACAUCUAAAAAGCAGUUUGAGAAAUUAAAUUUGCGAAUAUUCGGGGGUCAAGUGAUAAAGCACAUUUGGAAAAGGCAAAUGAUUGGCUGGUGGAAGCUCCAAAAUAGUUGAAAAAGUUCUUACCGCAAAAGUGUGAAAAUUAUCAAAACAGUGAGUAUUCUUUUCAAAGACAAUUUCGUAAACAGUGAAGAACUUUGAAGGACAUCAACUACUAAGUUUUGCUUAUUACGGACUCGGCAAAAUCUGGUGGGGAGCUCGUGGUGUCUUCGGUCUAAGGACCUUAUUUCCAGAAAUCCAUAUCCUUGAAGCACCUUCUACACGAAAGUAUAGGUUAUCCAUUUUCACGCUGCUGACUCAGGUUCCACGAUAUGGGGAGAUGGUCGAAAAGCAUAAGCAACUUUUUGAACUUUGGCUAGUGAACGAUAGUAAGCGAUAGAAAAGCAGCCCAUAAACAUAGGGGCUAUGAGGUUAUUAUUAGAUUCAGAUUUAAAAAUACGUAACAGAGAGUUAAGAUAAGAAGAAAAUAUAAUGCGUAAGAGACAAAAGCUACUUCCGGGGGUGUCGGACAUCGCCGUUAUAGUACUAUUAGCUAGAUUAGUGUUAGUGUUAGGACAAACCACCUGCAAUAAUGGUCAGGGUCGGGUACUAUACGAAAGACUGCCAAACCAACAGUUGCAAGGCUUCGACGAUGACGUUGUGCGAGAUUCAGCUCCACCAUUUCGGGUUCUGGAGAAAUGUCAAGACCUUUGCCUGCGAGAUCGUACGGCGUCCAAUAAUUUGGGACGAGCCUGCACAAGCUUUGACUUUCAACCCGGCAGCCGGAUAGCCUCCUUUAGCGGCAGUGCCGAAUAUGAAGAAUCCACUUGCUAUCUUACGCGAGAGCAAGCCGCUCCUGAGGGAAUAGGAAAUCUUAUGCUAGUGCCGAACAGCGUUCACUUCACCGAAGUGUGUCUGUCUUCUAGUCGUCCGGAUCGCGAAUGCCCCAGCCGGCGAUAUGUAUUCGAAAGACACCCGAGAAAGAAACUUAAACUGCCAGUAUCCGAUAUCAAGGAAGUGACUGCCGCCAACCGUUCGGACUGUGAAGACAAGUGCCUUAAUGAGUUUUCCUUCGUUUGUCGCUCGGCCAAUUAUGACUCUACGCUGCGAAGCUGUUCCAUGAGUAGGUUCACUCGACGUACUCAUCCGGAGCUGCUGGAAGAUGAUCCAAACUCGGAUUACUUGGAGAACACAUGUCUGAAUGCCGAACGACGAUGCGAUGGCUUGGUGGUGUACGUAAAGGAGGAAAACAAGCGCUUGGGAGGCCCCUUCGAAGUGGAAAUCUUCAACAAUAUGACCCUGGAGGAAUGCCAAUCGCUCUGUCUGAGGGCGGAAAAGUAUUUCUGCCGCUCGAUUGAGUUCGACGAUCAAACUAAGCAGUGCAUUCUCUCGGAGGAAGAUUCCGUCUCACAAAAAGAUGAUCUCAGCAUCAGCUCUAGUCCUACUCAUCAUUUCUAUGACCUCGUAUGUCUCGAUAAUCAACGCGGAACCGAUUAUCCGGAAAAUUCCGUGACAUCGCAUUUGUUUGCCAGCGGCCGACGUCCCGAUACCGCCUUUCAACGGUAUCGUAACUCUAGACUAGGUGGAGAGUUUCAUUCAGAAAUUACGGGAAGGUCGUUGAGUGAGUGUUUGGACGAGUGCCUCCGGCAGACCAGCUUCCAGUGCCGUUCUGCGGUCUAUAGCGAUCGCUUUCGAACCUGCCGUCUCAGUCGAUACAAUCAACGGGAUGGAAUGCGCAUCAUCUACGAUGCGGACUAUGAUUACUAUGAAAAUUUAAUGCCACAUUUAGUGGGCGGAGAUUCGGAUUCGACCAAUGGCAGACCAGACCCCACUGAUUGGAGACCACCUUAUGGAGAUCGUGAUCGUGAUCGUGAUCGAGACCGUGUGCCGGAUGAUAGAACGCCUGGUCGCUUUCCACCAGGAGAGCGCUAUCCUCCGGGGAUGCGACCUGACUAUGGCAGUGAAACCUUUCCAGGUGGUUAUCCAUCAACUGACAGAUAUCCUGGACCAACGGAUCGCUAUCCAAUGGGCCCUGGAACAGAUCGUUAUCCAGCGGAUUUCGAUGGAAGAUAUCCACCGGUGUACGACAAUCGGUUUCCAGGGGAUCGCUACGGACCCACAGAUCGGUAUCCGGAUCGUGAACCAGACCUCUAUCCUGGUGGCCCUCCUAUGCGUUAUCCUCCUCCCGACACACGAUAUCCUCCUGAUCCGCGAUUUCCUCCAACAGCAGACUCCCGUUAUCCGAGCGACUCACGAUAUCCUCCAGAUUCGAGGUAUCCUCCCGAUUCACGAUAUCCUUCUGACUCACGCUAUCCUACUGACUCUCGGUAUCCCAGCAACUCUAGAUACCCUCUACCCACUCCUGACUCACGCUAUCCGAUGCAACCAGACUCCAGAUAUCCCCUUGCACCAACGGGAACUCGUUAUCCACCUCCUCCAUAUAUGUAUCCAAACUACCAACCAGGCUAUCCACCACCUCCUCGAACUCCUCCAGAUCGUGGUUACACUACUGAUCGCUACCCUCCUGCCCUGAGACCAAUCGACAACAACCGCUACCCAGCACCAGAUUCGCGAUACCCCAUGGAACCAAUACCGGCACAGGGUCGUUACCCAACUUCACAGCAUCAGAUUCCAUUGCUUCCGCACAAGUACAACAACAACCCUGUAUACGACCCAAUGGGAUACGAUCGUGGAUACGCAGAUAAUCGUGGCUACGGCCCGUACUAUCCACCAUCGGGGGUGGGACGCCUACCACCGCCAAUGCCGCUUCCGGCGUUCCCAGAUCGGGACCGUGGCUACCGACGACCGGGUAUGCCCGAUGGAGGAGGUUAUCCGUACGAGAUUCCCUAUGGACCGUCCAGUUCCGGCUACGACAACACGCUUGGCGGAGGGGAUGGUUUUGGGGGAUUCGGACCCCAGCGCCCGUACGAAACUCGUUGCGAUGGAUACGACAGCUUUAAGCAGAUGGCGUCCAAGCGCAAGAUGCGUAAGCAGUUUGUUCGACGAGUUAUAAAUGCACCCUCGCUAGGGGUUUGUCAGCAGGAGUGUGUUGCGGCAAGGGAUUUCAUGUGCCGCAGCUUCAAUUACAGGGAAUCAGCUCCUUAUGAAUCGGAGGGCAACUGUGAGUUGAGUGAUCGGGACUCUAGGGAUCUGGACAUACCCAGCAGCCAAAUGUUCGAAACUGACAACUCAGACUAUUACGAGAGAUCUGUGGGACGAGGCCAAGGAGAUGAAUGCUUGGAUGUUGCCCAACUAUGUAACGAAGACGGCAUGGAGUUCACUUUGAAGACACCAGAAGGAUUUGUAGGUCGAAUUUAUGCGUAUGGAUUCUACGACCGUUGCUUCUUCCGAGGAAAUGGAGGAACAGUAAAUGUUCUGAGAAUCAGUGGACCUGGAGGAUAUCCGGAGUGCGGAACACAGCGGUAUGGAGACACGAUGACCAACAUAAUUGUUGUGCAGUUUUCGGAUAAUGUUCAGACCGGUCGUGAUAAGCGAUUCAAUCUAACUUGCAUGUUCCGUGGACCUGGAGAAGCCGUUGUCACAUCGGGAUACAUUGGAGCAGGGUCUGGAAGUCCGAUCCCGAUCGAAUAUCUACCAGCAGAAAACUCGAUGAGCAACAAGGUACGACUGAUGAUUCUGUACCAAGGACGACCAACGACAACUAUCGCUGUUGGAGACCCGUUAACAUUCCGGUUGGAAUCUCAGGACGGAUACAGUCACGCCACUGAUAUCUUCGCAACGAACGUGGUAGCCCGCGAUCCUUACUCCGGAAGAAGUGUACAACUGAUUGAUAACUACGGCUGUCCGGUGGAUAAUUUGGUAUUCCCAGAGCUGGGGCGAUCAAGAGAUAGCGAUGCUCUGGAAGCGAGAUUCAAUGCCUUUAAGAUUCCUGAGUCCAACUUCUUAGUAUUCGAAGCUACGGUCCGAACUUGUCGAGGAGGCUGUCAACCGGCAUACUGUCCUGGGCCUAGUGGUCGAUCGGAGCCGUCUUUUGGACGGCGAAGGAGGUCAGUCUCUGAAAACCCUACUGAUUUCGACGGAACUGCUGAGCCACUGAUUGGAGAGGAGAUGAGCGAUGAUGAUGAAGUUUCGAUAGUCAACGGAACCGUCAUACAUGACACAAAUUUGAAUAAAAACGAAACAAAGGAAAGUGUUGAUUCUAACGUAGAUGACCUGGAUGCGAAUGCCAGUGAGAUGCCAGAACAAGUACGAGAAAUGAUUGAGUCUCGUGCUUUUCACACUCUACAGGUCUUUCAAUCACGCGAAGAGAUGCAGCAGGAUACGGUUGCCAGAAAAAUGAUUGCACCGCAAGAAUCUGUCUGUUUGACCCAUUCGGAAUAUUACGGAUUAAUAAGCGCUCUAAUCUUGCUAAUGAUUCUUCUAAUCAGCAUUACGUUCGCUUCCGGAUUAGCUUACCGCCGAUACUGGAAGGUGUUCAUGAAGAACCGCGGACUUGAUCGAACCUCCCCAGUGAAUUCGUUUACCCCUUCAGCGCUGCAUAAUGUAUCCGGCAGCCAAUUCCACGCGUCGGGUAGAGGAUCUUCAUCUUCCCGUGGCGAUGGAAAUAUUCGUUCACCUGGAUUGUCUCUUUUUGGAAAUGGUCUUCAAAAAACUUUUGCCACGGGAAACCUAUCGCGAAUGUGUCAAAUUCCAGUAAUGAAUCCAAUAUCCAGAAACAAUGGCAACAAAAGCGAAUUCGAUGACCCCAGCGAACCAAUCUACACUGAUCCGUCCCUCUUCGAAAGAUCAAGAUCACUGCGCAGUAUCGCCGUCGAUCAAACCGAUGCGAACCAUGUUUAAAACUAUACUGCUGUAGAUUUAAUUAGGAUACACCCGUAAUCAUUUUAUGGACCGCUACUAGGCAGUAGUUUAGCAAAACUGUCGCUGAUUAUGGUUUAAGCAUGAAAAAUAAUAUAGAAUUAACACAUGGAUAUCGCGCAAAAUAAAUUUUAAAAUUUGCUGUAAAGGAGCGUAUAUCCUACAAUAGGUCAGAUGAAAGCUCAUACAUUUAAGUACUGUGAUGGCUAUAGAUAGAUAAGGUCCGCCACGGUCGUAAAAAGGCCGUGACAUGAUUCUUCAUAUAGUUUAGUUUGAAAAUGUGAAUACACUUUUCCUUUGCCCUUGGAGGAACAUUGUACACACUGAAACAGUUGUCUACCAAAGAUUGAUAAUAUACAGGAAUGGCUGAAGCAAAGGUGUCUGUAUAGUCGUCGAAUCUCUUCUUAAUUUAUUCGUAAUAAAUAUAAGUAGCUUAAGAGGAACAGAAACAAAAAAUCAUCUGGAAAAUAGAGACCUUAACGUACGAAAUGAAUUUAUGAAAAAUACAACUGGCAAUGAAAAUCACUCAUCCACUUUUAUUGAAAUGUGUUUAACUGUUUUUAAACAAUUCACAUGAUAAGGCCGAACAUUAUACGGUCUGCAGACAUUAGAUGAUAAUAGUCACUUCUCUUCCAGAAAGUAUCUUUUAAAUAGUUUACAUUUUAUAAUAAAUAUCAAACAGCAUGAACAAA